UGCUCUCAAACCAGCCAACCUCGCAGGGUGGUUGUGGCGAGGAAGAGGGAUUUUUUGUGGGAUUCAUUCCCUGCCUAGAGUUCUUUGCACAAAACCACAAAGGCAGGCCACAGCUAAAUAAACAGACAGCAAAUCCCCCCCCUCCCCACUCCACCCUCUUCCAAGCCAACCAUGGGCCCAGCCUCUGGCUGCCCGCCCGCCUGCUCUCCUUCCCCACCUCGCUGGGCUGCCUCCCCUCCCCUCCCCAGCCUGGCACCCUGCGGUCACAUGAACGCCACUCUUUGGCCACCCUGCCUUCUCUCCAAUCUCCCGCUUUCUGGCGGCCGCCAGCAUCCCAGCUGCCCGUCUGGGCAGGCGGAGGGCAGGCACAGCCGGCACACCUGCGGCCUGGCCUACGCCUGACACCUUGGGCUUUUCCUUUGCCUCUCGUGCCCUUGAAAUCUUGGCUUCCUUUUUUUAUUUGGAGCAGGGAGAACAGCAGGCUGCUGCUCUCCCAGAGGGCCUGGCAGCAGCUGGCAGCACCUUUGCCCAAGCAAAGCCAGCUUGCUCCCUCCCACGGCCAGGGGCACCGUGCGAAGCCCCCCCCACCCUGCCUGCUGGACCUGACCCACCAUGAACGCUCCCUGUGGGCUCCUCUGUCUUCUCUUAGUGGCAGCUUGGCAGCUGCCCGCCGACUCGCCAACGACAGGGCCUCCCCCAAAGAAGAAGGGGGUUGGACUUGAGAAGGGGCUGCCCGCAAUGGAAGUGAUCCGCUUCCUGGAGGUCUACAACCGCAGCGUCUGCCAGCCCAAGGAGACGAUGGUCUCGGUCACGGCAGAGCAUCCGUCGCUGGGCAGCCACAUCAUGAUCCCAUCCUGCGUGGUCCUGAGCCGCUGUACCGGCUGCUGUUCCGAUGACUCCUUGAAUUGCGUGCCCAGACGUUCCCGGGAAGUGAUUUUGGAGGUAAUGGCUAGCCUCUUUGCAAGCAGAUAUAUAACCCAGCUGACUUUUGAAGAGCACCUGGAAUGCAUGUGCAGACCGAGGACCGUGUUUUUCAGAUCUAAUUCAAUUAGUCGGUCCUGUGCACCUUGUCGGGAUAGGAAAAAACAGCCAGAUCCACACACUUGCAAAUGUGUGUGUCGCCACCGAUCCGGGCAUUGUGAGAGGCGCGGGCUGAAAUUCAGUGAGAAGACAUGCAGAUGUGUGAAGCGCCGAAGGAGAACCUCGUGGAAAAAAAUUAAAAGCCGCAUUUCGGGUGGGAUGGAGGCCAGAACCGAGCCUAACAGAGCAUUGACUAUCCUCGGCUAGCAAAGACUGUUCUCUGCUGGGUGUGAACUUUUCCAUGCUCAGAGGCAACCCAUUUGUUUGGCUGAGGGGGGCGGGGGAGAGGCAGGGGAAGAAAAACAGGCAAGGAACGUCCUCGAGUUACGACCCCAGCUGCACCAGAUUUUCUGCUGCUUAAGCAAGGGGGUUUGCUAAGCGAGUUGCACAUGAGGACCUUUUCGCCAUUAAGCGAAUCCCUGCAGUCAUUAAGUGGAUCACACGGUCGCUAAACGAAUCCAGCUUCCCCCGUUGACCUGGCUUGUUGGACUGCCGGCAGGGAAGGUUGCAAAUGGUGAUUAGGGGAACCCAGGACGCUGCAACCUUUGUAAACACAUGCCAGUUUGUAUUUGGUCACGUGACCAUGGGGGGGGAAUGAUGUGACAGUCAUAAUGCAAGGACCGGUGACCCAUAAGUCACUUUUUUUUCAGGGUCGUUGUAACGUUGAAUGCUUGCUAAAUGAAUGGUUGUCAAGUCGAAGACUUCCUGUGUAUAAACCCA